GAAGAAGAAGAAGAAGAAACGUUUCGUGCUAAAAUGGCGAAUGUCAGAAAAGACGGAGACAGAGAGUCUGAUGGAGACAUGGAGGAAGACCCCGGCGAUGUCCAUCUGCAGGCAUCGUCCUGCAGUAAGCAAAUGGCACUGUUCAAUCUGAUGAAGCAGACUGGCUGCACAAUCAUGCAGGUGAACGGGCAGAGGAAGUACGGCGGACCGCCGCUCGGUUGGACGGGGCCGCCCCCCCCACGGGACUGUGAGGUGUUUGUGGGGAAGCUUCCCAGGGACGUGUACGAAGUUCAGCUGCUGCCUCUGUUUGAGAGUGUGGGCCAGAUCUACGAGCUCAGACUCAUGUUGGAGUUCAGUGGCCAGAACCGCGGCUACGCCUUCGUCAUGUAUGCCAACAGAGAAUCAGCGCAGAGAGCCAUCCAGAGUCUGGACAACCACGAGAUCCAGCCAGGGAAGUUCAUCGGCGUGUGCAUGAGUCUGAACAACUGCCGGCUCUUCAUCGGCUCCAUCCCCAAAGACAAGAGGAGGGAAGAGAUCAUGGAGGAGAUGAAGGAGGUGAUGGAAGGUGUGGUGGACGUCAUCGUGUAUCCCAGUUCCUCUGAUGAGAAUAGCAACAGAGGGUUUGCCUUUGUUGAGUUCGAGUCCCACAAAGCAGCAGCCAUAGCCCGAAGGAUGCUGCGGUCUGGAACCUAUAAGCUGUGGGGUCACAACAUCCAUGUGAACUGGGCCGAGCCUCAGAAGAACGUGACCGACGAGAUUAUUCAGCGCUUCAAAGUUCUCUAUGUUCGUAAUCUGAUGCUGAGCACGACCGAAGAGAUGCUCUUUCAAGAGUUCUCCCGCUUCAAACCAGGCUCCGUGGCAUAUGUUAGGAAGGUAGGUAAUCACGCCUUCGUCCACUAUCGCCACCAUGAGGACACCAUUGCCGCAUUGAGCUCAAUGAACGGAGUCCAGAUCGAUGGUGCCACUGUGGAGGUGAUGCUGUCCAAACCAGUGGGAAUGAGAAACAGGCGCGUGGCCGGCAGUGGCUACGGCAGCAGAACGAACCUGGAAAACAACGCAAGAGGAGGAGGCGCAAGAGUAGGAAACGGAGCAUUUGCGCUGCACAGGAAUGAUGAGGGGAUGAAGGGAGACCGUGAGGACGGAUCUUCACCAAGGCGUGUCUCCAUGCCGCCACACAUGGUGAAUCCCUUCUACUCAGGAACCGCAGGAGGUGACCUGGACAGUUGUGUGUUCCCGCUCUUUCCCGGCACCCCCCUCUCCCCCACCAGCCUGCUGUCGCUGAAGCAGAGUCAGAUCAACUCUGCCGUCAGCCUCCUCGACUUCUACUGCCACAGCAACUGCUGGUCGCAGCCCGAGUACCAACUGUUCUCCACCCCGGGACAGGAUGGACAGCUGUUGUUGCUCUACAAGGUUGUGAUCCCAGCUACACGAAGCAGCUACAUCCCUGACAAGCUGUGUGUGCUGCUGGACGACGCCAAAGAAUUAGCUGCACAGACCACACUGCGGAGCCUGGAAUCGUCUGUCCUGAGCGGAGGCUCCAGUGAUUCUCCAAGCAGCCUCUCUCCUCCGCCCGCCCUGCCCUCCUCUCCCACCACUCGGGGGUUUCUGACUGGCGAUGGCAGGGCCUUCGCCUCCUGCAUGCCUCCCUCUGCCACACCCUCCCCCUUCCCCCCUCCACCCUUCUCUGCCUCCCAGACUCAGAGGUUCUUCAUCAACUCCCCGCCGGCUUUUUACUGACGGAAGUUUUUUCUCGUCUGAGAGUCGACUUUGUUCAUCAGCAGAGCAGCGAGGAGAAAAGGCAGGACUGUUAUUUUUUUAUGAAUAUGCCACCAAACAUGUCCCGGGGCUGUGUUUCAGUCUGGCCAACGUUCAGAGCGGCGUCUUCUCACCUUAAAAUGUUCAGAGAGGCGCUACGUCCUCCGUCUGUUUGUUUCUUCUGCCUCUGUAUCUUGCCCAGAGACGACUGGUGGGAGCGAGGGAUAAUAUUUAGUCUGUGAUGAGUCGCUUACCUCUGACGCACAGAAACACACAAAUCCAACAGAUAUAAACGACUUCUGUCAACCUCUGGUUAAUGUCAGCCUCCUCCCCCUCCUCUCUGGUGUCUCUCUCUUCCCAUAAUGCAUCAGCAGGACAGCAGAUCUCAAAUUCAUACACGUUCAUAAACAUUUGAAAAUUAGGGGAUUUUUUUCUGAUGAGUUCAGGCAUGAGGGGAAAAAAUGAGAGCAGGAAUUAAAUAGCAUUUUGCAUUUUGAGAAUAAAGUCGACGUUUCUGGUUCAUGAAUCCAGUUCGAGUAGCAACAACAGAGUUAGAUCUUCUUCUGAACAGUUUCCAGACUGAUUGUCACUCUGUGUUAAUGAGAUAAAAGAAAAAGUUACUAAAUCUGACUGAAGAACAAUAAUUUUCUUUUUUUUUGACCGACAUUCUUCCAUAGAAAUAUCUGAAGAUUUUAUUGUUUACUUAUUUAUUUGCAAGAGAAAAGAUUUCUGUUUAAAGCGUUGAAAGAAAAAGAAAAUCUUUUCCUCCUCAUUAAUUCACACUUUUCAAUCUGAACACUUUCUCCAUUUUAAACAUAAUCCGAGAAUUUAUUUAAAAUGUACACUAUAAAUUGUAAACAUUGAAAUACUAAAACUAUUUUUAAAUUAAUUUUAAAAGACAUUUUUAAUUUCAUUUAAACCAAAAGAAUAAAUAUGAAUAUUUUCUAUUUGAGGUGUGAGAGCUGCAACGGAGGACAAGAAGAGGUGGUUUGUUUCUUUAUUGUAAGACAUUAGAAGCAGAGCGGAGACACUUCAUGUACAUAGUUCUUUUAACAUUUAUAUAGAAUUCAUUGGAAACAAAGAGACGAUUGUGGAAGUUAAACAAGUUUUCACUCUGAAAGUUUUAUUGACCUGUUUUAACUUGGAUCAAACGAGCGGCAGAACGUUCUUGUCCAUAUCAAUUCAGGCUAUUUGGAUCUUAGCGUGAGUUUUGUUCAGACGUGUUGUUGAAUUUCUGUUAAGUGUCUCCGUGGAAGUGAGAAUAAGUGAAGUGUUGAUUGUUCAGUGUCCUGGAAUAAAACAACUCUGUUGAUUUAU